AUGUGGUUAUCAAGUACUAGGCUACUGUGGGACGAGGCUGUAGAAAAUCAAAUGAUCACCAAGGCGAGCACAGCAGAAGCUGCGAGUCGGCUGGCACAGCAGGUGGUCCUCACGUCAAAAGUGAGGUGCAAUGUUUGGGACGAAGACAAAGAUGAAACUGUCGAAAUUGAUGAAAGUUUUCCAGCUAUUUCCGAAGCAGCUGUCAUGAAUUUCAUUCAGAUAGUGGAAAAGGACGAUGGAGCUGAAAUUUCGGCAAUUAGAGAGGAGCAAGAGACAGAACAUGGAUUUCCAAAGGCUGAUGCAGUCAAGAGUGGUAAAGUUAUUGAUUCUCAGCCAAAAUCAGAUGUAAGCGACAACAAUACAAAUGAAGGAGCACCAUCUGCACGUGAGCAGCAGCAGCAGCAGCAGCAGCAAAUAAAACAUAGAUGUAAGCGUAGUGAUUAUAAAUUCAGAAAAACUGGUUUUGUGGUACAAGACACAGACUAUAAAGGAUCACUUCCACCACCACCAGUAGAGGAAAGGACACCUUUGCAAUAUUAUAAAAUAUUUAUAAAUGAUGACGUAUUUCAACUCAUUGCUGAGCAGUCCAAUAUCUAUGCUUUGCAGAAAGAUUCAGUUUCUUUGCAGACGAUCAAAAAUGAAAUGGAGCAGUUUGUUGGUAUUUUACUGCACAUGGGCGUCAUCAAAGUGCCUUCCAUUCAUUUAUACUGGUGGAAUGAGUUUAGGUAUUCACCAAUAGUUGAUGUGAUGAGUAGAACUCGCUUCUCCCAGCUACUGCGGUAUUUUAAUGUUGUCAAUAAUCAAGACUUGCCUGAAGCUAAUAGUAAUAGUGACAAACUCUUCAAGAUUUGCCCACUUUUAUCUGCAUUGCAGCCAUCGUUGAAGACACUCCCGCCAGAAGAAUACAAAGCUGUUGAUGAACAGAUAAUACCAUUCAAGGGUAGAAGCGGUUUGAAACAGUACGUAAGAAAUAAGCCUCACAAGUGGGGCUACAAAUAUUUUACGAGAGCUGGUGCUUCAGGCAUGAUGUAUGAUUUAAAUUUAUGUUGA